AUGCAGUCUAAGUUGCCUUGUACCCAGAUYCCUCAGAACAGACCCAUGAAUUUGUUAGCUGUAGACCCUCUUGUACUGGAAUCUCCUCAGAAGUUCUUCCUGCGUGUGAAACGGAAACUGCAGCAGCAGAAAGAUCCAGUAUUUUUAAACGCAGUCAAGGAAAAUGCUCCUCCUUCCACAGCUGCAGAAAAGCCAUCAGUCAAACCUGCUCUUACUGAGCAGCUCCACAAAGCUAAUACAGACUAUGUGGYCACUGAUAAGGACAAUCAGGAUAACUUUCUCAUGGAAUCACUUGAUGCUGAUGAUGAAUUGUCUCAUAAUACAGUGGCUAAUACUGUGAAUGGAAAUUCCCCCCCUUCUGAAAGUGGGGAUCAGCUAGAAGAAAGGUAUGGACGUGGAGAAACAAAACAUAAUAACUUCCCUCAAGAAAGAAGACAGUUGCGGCCAAGCAAUCGGCAAGCUGCUCCUGCAGCAGGAAAGACCCUAGAGGCUAAUGGCCAGAAACCCUCGCAGUGCCUAUGUAGCAUCAUGCUCUCUUCUCCCAAAGUCUACAUACCAAGGAAGGAGAAACCCAAACAAGACUUUAAGGCCUCCUCGGAUAAAUCUCAUAGGGAUAAAGCAUCUGGCAAUGGAAGUAAAGAGAAAAAAGUCUGCCUAACCAGCUGGAGAAUUAAAGUGAUCAGUGAUAACACUGCCAUAUGUGUUGAAGGAAAACGAACAGAUAUGAAAGAUCUGCCCUGGCAUAGUAAUGCAAUUGUAGAACGUAUAGCACACAACCAAGUCAGAACAUUAUCUGGCAAUAUCUACUUACUACAAGGAAAGAUAGAUUCUGCUUCAAUGAGAAAAGAAGGAUUCCCAUAUCGCUUCAUCAAAAGGUUUAUGUAUGGUUUUUCCAAGAAGUGGAAGGAAUAUGUGGAGGAUUUACUAGAGAUAAUACAACGGAAAGAAUGUAAGCAAACUAACAAUGAGCAUGAAAAUGAAGAGACUGAAAAUGACCUGAUGGAUACAAAUGCGCUGAAAAAUGCAGAAGAUUCCACAGGUCCUAGAAAGAAAUCUCAAACUAGAGAUACAACUUAUGAAGUAUUACCGAAGAAUGAUAAAACUACUUAUACAACACCAAAGCACAAUCCUCUAUCAAAUGACCAGAACCAAGUUUACACUCGCAGCGGUCGUCUUGUUAAACCACCGUUAAGUUUCUGGUGUGGACAACGUGAAUUUGUUGAUCAGAACCUAAAUGUUACUAUAGAAAAGGGUGGAGUAGAUUAUUUGAGUAUGAUGUAUAGUAGUGAAGGACCCAAAAGCAAAACCACUUCCUUUCAUCAGAAGAAAAACAAAAAGGAAUCAAUGAAGACAAGGGAAGAAAAAACAAAAAGCCACUCUAAAGGGAAAAACACAGAAAAAAGAGUAAGCUCCGAAACAGAGCCCGAGUCCACUAGAAGCAAGGCGAGCAGGCAYUGUGUUUCAGACGAGGACACUGAUGUUGCAGCUGCUACUAAUAAAGCAAAGGCUUCCGUUAAGUUGACUCCCUUAACAACUGCAGGACAAAACUACCGAAAACACAACAGCCAAACUGCAGGAACAAGGAAGGAAGAGAAAGGGAGAGAACCUGUGGAACUGGCCACGUACCAGCAGUCCUGCGUGUACUCUUUACGGUCAGUCAAACGACUUCAAGAGAAGAAUUCAGUGAAAGAACUGUCAAGCGAGGAGGAAGAAUCCAGUGAAGAUGUCCCUCUGUCUGUGAAGAGGGCAGCUAAGCCCCUCUUGCCCCAAGAGACUCCAUGCUUGCGAUCGCCGUGCGGCGCAGGAAGGUCCCAGGAGGAYGCGAGCAAGGUGCCGAGCGCGCCGGGGACAGGGACGGCGUCGCGCAGCGCGCGGCCACGUGUCCYGCGGCGCAGCGAGGACCCCGCGCCCGCCGCCAAGACGCCCUCCACGGGCUCCAGCACCUSUGGCAGGACCAUGAGGACCAGGAGCAGAACCAACCCUCCAGUCUAUGUGUUCGCCUCCGAAAGCGAGCUUGAAACAAGUGAGGAGCAAUUUCGAGAGAAAGAAAAGAAAUUGAAAGUGUCUGGCAAAAAACCAAACUGUGCAGUUGCCAGUGCUGGCAAAGCUUCAGCGGCAAAGUCAGGGGGAGCGCAGAGAGAAAAGGUCCAGAAAUCUCUUGAGUUUUUCCCGAGGACCACUGAUGAUUGGACUGAAAAGGAGUUACAGAAGCUAUACAGGGCCGUGGCGGCGUUUCCCAAGCACAGGAGCGGCUUCUGGCUGGAGGUGGCCAUGGCCGUGGGCUCGCGCUCGGCCGAGGAGUGUCACCACAAGUACCUGGAGCAGCAGCAGGCCAAGGGCUCCGGCGCGCGCACAACAAAGAUGCCGGCUUCGGGAAAAGCAGGAGAGAAAGAGAAGAAAGAAUCAGUUAUGGUAACUGCUAAAGUGGGAACCUUGAAGAGAAAGCAGCAGAUGAGGGAUUUCCUGGAGCAUAUGCCAAAGGACAACCACGACGAUAUCUUCACCGCGACACCCUUUCAAAACCGGAGAGUGAAGUUGCCGCUGUUCCUGGGAAGCCAAGAUGACGACGAGGACUUUGCGCUUGCGGACAACCCGGUGACGCCGUCGUCGUCCCUGUUCCCGCCGCAGAAGACGCCGCAGUGCGAGCACAUCAGCCCGGGGAUGCUGGAACCCAUCGACAGGAACGACUAUGACAGGCACGUGUUCAGAAUGCAGAACACAUACGGCAAGAAAAGCACCUGGGACAACGUUAGGAAGAAAUCGGCAGGAGCYGUAUUUGCUACACCAGCUUCACGCAGAACCACCAAGUUCACUUUUGAUAAAAACACACAGCAGACUUCGGUUAUAGGGCAGCUCUUUGUACCCAAGGCAGCAGGUUCAUCAUCAGAAGAGGAAGAAGAUUCUUAUUUUUCUGCAUAAUUAAUUUCCUGGAUUUUAAUAGGUGAACAGCUCUAUACUAUCUCUUCUAUAACACAGUUAAAUUGAAGGCCUUCAGCCAGCCCUGACCUGGUUUUCUUGUGGUCUUCUUUAGUUAGUUCAGUUUGGAAAUCUUGGYCUGCAUAAUUAAUUAUUAUGGUGUUAAAAUACUUACUUUCUUGUCUUGYUGCCUUAUCAGUGAUGGUUGUGGCUUUUCGUGUGUACAGAGUGGCACUGUCUUUCCUUGGCUCCUCCUUUCCUAUGCUCAGUAUUUCCUGGGGAAAGGGGCAAGAAGAAAAUGUGUAUCCCUCUGCCAGUAAGUGGCAAAGUUGGGGGUUGUUUCAUUUUAAAGUUCGAAAAAACUUUUAGAAAUACUGCUGUACAGUCUGUAACAAUUGGGGCUUGCUUUUUAUUUUCCUCUAGUGCGAGCUACAUC